CGUUUUCAAUAAUACUGUGUUUCGGAUUUGUUGGACGAGUUCGGAAAAUGGCAGCAAUCUACAGCCUUUACAUCAUCAACAAAUCAGGCGGAUUGAUUUUCUACAAGGAUUAUGGCUCGGCGGGACGGAUGGAUACGAACGACAGCUUGAGGGUGGCGAGCUUGUGGCACUCGAUGCACGCGAUCUCGCAGCAGUUGUCGCCGGUCUCCGGUUGUUCCGGCAUCGAGCUUCUCCAAGCCGACAGCUUUGAUCUCCAUUGCUUCCAAUCACUUACUGGGACAAAGUUCUUUGUGGUCUGUGAGCCUGGGACACAACAUAUGGAAGGUCUCUUGAAAUUCAUCUAUGAAUUGUAUACGGAUUAUGUCUUGAAGAAUCCCUUCUAUGAAAUGGAGAUGCCUAUACGGUGCGAGCUUUUCGAUAUUAAUCUGACGCAGGCAGUUCAAAAGGAUCGUGUUGCAUUGUUGGGUAGAUGAAUUGCUGAGUAACAUGUAUUUUAGCACAGAAGCUAUUUGCUUGAUAUGUACAUUUUUGAGCAAUCACAUCUUCCCUUCAAAAUUAAUGUCCGAGUGUUCAAGCGAGUUAAUAAUGGUUUUUCUAUUUAACUUCCCCUUGGUUUUUGCAAGGACUCUUCAAGAAUGUCGAAAGGAUUCAAGUUAUCUAGGCCAAAUGUUGAAAUGUUAUUGAGUCAUUUGUGGUGACUAAAUGAUGUGGACCAAAAGAUCCUUGCUUAAGAAGACUAUAUUUUGUUUUUAGCUGAAAACUUUGUAGCAAUUUGUAAGUAUGAUUCUAUUUGACUUGUAAUGUUCUGUUAUCCAAUGUUCUAA